AUGGGGAUUCCUCUGCUCGUCGGGCUCCUGCUCUUCGCCGCUUGCGCCGACUGCGCCCCCUUCUUCGACGCGAUAUACGACGCGAUUAAUGGAAACGGGCGCCGCUCUUACGGCUACGGCGGCUAUGAGAACUACGGGCCGACGUACGGUUACAGCGGUUACGGGUACAAUGGGUACAAGCGUGCGGAGCGACCGCAGAGGCAGGGGAAGACUUACAAGGAGAUCUGCAGGGUGCAUUAUCCAGAUGCAGUGGCGUUCCCGGGCGCAGGGGGGAUAGUGUGCCCCUAC